AUGCCAAUGUUGAAAGUGAACACAACUUUUUGUGCAGAUUUCAUUAAAAGUAAUGUUGAUGGUGAAAUUGUUGAUCGUAAAUUUUUCACUACUCCUAAUGCUAUGAUUGAUUCAUCUACCGAAUUGAAAGUGUGGUUUGAUUUUCAUAUAACUGAACGUAUCGUAGCUGAUAUGGAAGACAUGUCAAACAAGGGCAGCGGUUGGGCAUUGAGUAAAAUUAUUCAUUUAGAAAUUGCAAUUAAUAAAUUCGAAAUGGGAAAUUGUGCUGGUGGUGUUGGUGGAUCAUCUUACAUUAAACUACCUAAUCAAAUUUCGAAGAAAAAAGCAUGUAUCAACGUUAAGAAUAACGAUGAGGCUGACUACGAUGUAGCAGCAGCAGCAGCCGCCCAACCAUUAGAAAAUAUAAGUAUUUCUGAAAUUAAAUAUCACUAUUGUUGGAUUAAAGAUCUUUCCAGACUUGUUUCAAGUCAGCUCUCGAAACAUAAAACGAAGAAAUUUAUAUGUGACAGGUGUUUGAAUUAUUUUUCAUCUCAGAUAAAAUUGAAUGAACAUUUUGAGUGGUGUAAAGAUUUGAAUAAUGAAAAAGUAACUUUUCCAAAGUACGAUAACGUUGAAUUUAGAAAUUUUGUUUUCAAACAAAAAUGUCCCUUUAUUGUGUAUGCAGACUUUGAAUCCUUACUAAGACAAUGCAAUAAGAAAAUCAGUGAAAAAUCAUUCAAGUAUCAGGAGCAUGUGCCAUAUAGUGUGGGUUAUUAUUUAAAAUGUGUAUAUAAUGAUAAUUUUUCGCGUUAUGCUAGUUUUCGUGGUGAGACGUGCUUGGAUUGGUUUGCUGAUGAAAUAGAUAAAAUUGCCUCCUUUGUUUAUAGCAAUAUUAAACACAUUGAACCUAUGUCAGCUGCACCUAGAGAUGUUGGCACACAUUGUCAUAUUUGUGAAAAAAGUUUUAACGAUAAGGAUGUAAUAGUUAGAGAUCAUGAUCAUUUUUCAUCAGAAUUUAGGGGAUGGGCACAUCAGCAGUGUAAUCUUAAUUUCCGAAAACUCUUUAUUGUGCCCAUAGUUUUUCAUAAUUUAUCGAAUUACGAUGGACAUUUUAUCGUGAAGUCUCUUUUACAUCGAGGCAACAUCACUACUUUACCAAUUAAUAAGGAAAAAUACAUUUCAUUCACAUAUUUUCAUCAGGAAACCAAACUCAGAUUCAGAUUUAUCGACUCAUUUAAAUUCAUGGGGGCUAGUUUGGAUGAAUUAGCUUCUACUUUAAUUCUCGAAAAUUUUUACAAUCUUAAGAAAGAAUUUUCAAGUUUGCACGAUAGUGAGUUUGAGCUGCUAACUAGAAAGGGUACUUUUUGUUAUGAUUAUAUGACUGACCUGGACAAGUUAAACGAUACAGCACUACCAUCAAUCAAUGAAUUUCAUAAUAAAUUAACCAACUCACACAUUGAUGCUGAAACCUACCAUCAUGCUCAAACCGUUUGGAAAACAUUCAAGAUAAAAUCGUUAGGUGAAUAUAGUGAUCUUUACAUAAAAACAGAUAUACUUUUGCUCGCUGACGUAAUGGAGAAUUUUCGGAAAACAGCUUUAGAGACAUACAAACUCGAUCCGGCAUGGUACUACACUAUGCCCGGUUACACCUGGGACUGUAUGCUAAAGUAUACUAAAUGUAAACUACAGAUACUUAAAGAUAUUGAUAUGGUUAUGUUUGUGGAACGGGGUAUACGUGGGGGAAUCAGUUGCUGCAUGCAUAGACUAUCUGAAGCUAAUAAUCCCCAAAUGGAUAAUUUCGACACAUCAAAACCCGAGUCAUAUUUACUUUAUCUUGAUGUAAAUAAUUUAUAUGGAUGGGCGAUGAGUCAAUAUUUACCAUUUGGAGAUUUUGAAUGGUGCGAUACAUCUGUUGAUGUGAGCAUUGUUCCCGAUGAUGGUCCAGAAGGAUACAUCCUUCAGGUGGAUCUGGAAUAUCCGCAACAUCUGCAUGAUCUACAUAAAGAUCUACCACUGUGUCCGGAGCACAGAGUCCCUCCUGGUUCAAAGUUGCCAAAAUUACUAUGCACACUCUCCGAUAAAAAAGAUUACAUUAUUCAUUAUCGCAAUUUGAAGACAGUGUUAGAAUUGGGGUUGAGAUUGAUAAAGAUUAAAAAAGUUUUGAAAUUUAAACAAUCUCCUUGGCUGAAACCCUAUAUCGAUCUCAAUACAGAACUACGAGCAAAGGCAACAACCAAAUUUGGUAAAAAUCAAUUUAAAUUUGCAAAUAACGCCAUUUUUGGUAAAACUAUGGAAAAUAUUCGACUACACAGGAUAGUUCGUUUGGUAAAUCGCUAUGAAGGUCGUUUCGGAGCCAAAAAUCUGAUAGCAUCGCCAAGAUUUCAUAGUCGUACGGUUUUCGGUGAGGAUUUAAUGGCGAUCGAACUCAAAAAGAAUGAGCUUUUGUUUAAUAAACCUCUAUAUAUAGGUAUGGCUAUUCUUGAUAUUUCAAAGGUGUGUAUGUAUAAUUUUCACUAUAAGUAUAUGCUACCUAAAAAUCCUGAUGGUUGUAAGAUUAUGUAUAUUGAUACCGACUCAUUUUUUUAUGAAAUUAGAGGUUGUAACCCAUACGAACUCAUUAAAAUGGAUUGUUAUACACACUUUGAUACUAGUGAUUACCCUAAAACCAAUGCUUUCAACAUUCCAUUGGUGAAUAAAAAGGUACCAGGUUUAAUGAAAGAUGAAGUGAAUGGUGAAAUUAUCACACAUUUUGCGGGUUUAAGAUCUAAAAUGUAUGCUUUCAAGGUUCAAGGGGGAAAAAUCACAAAAAAAUCAAAGGGUGUGAAAAAUUAUGUUGUCAAAAACCACUUGACUUUUGAUGAUUAUGUGAAAUGUCUCAAAGAAAAUGAACAACUGGUUUUACCUCAAAAUACAAUCGGCUCCUUUGCACAUGACAUCUAUUCAAUUCAGCAAUCGAAAAUAGUAUUGAGUGCACAAGACGACAAACGCUACUUAAUUCCUUCAUCUUUUGAUACGUUACCUUGGGGUCAUUAUUCACUACAACCACACACAUCAUCACUACUACCACCUCCACCACAACCACAGCAAUAA